AUGCCUCAAGUCCUUCUCCUCGGUGGCCAUGGCAAAAUCGCUCUCCACUUGACACCGCUCCUCCUCGCUCGCUCCUGGAAUGUCACCAGCGUGAUUCGUAAUGCCGAGCACGAAGCCGACAUUUUGGCGCUCGGAAACGGCAAACCGGGCAAAGUUUCAGUUCUACUGUCUAGCCUAGACGACGUCAAAAGCCAGGCGGACGCACAGGCGGUUUUGGAUAAGGUCAAGCCAGAAUACGUGGUCUGGGCCGCUGGCGCCGGCGGAAAAGGCGCACCCCAGCGCACAUAUGCAAUUGACCAAGAUGCCGCAAAAUACUUCAUCGCCAGCUCCUUCGCAACGCCUUCAGUCACAAAAUUUCUCCUCAUUAGCCACCUGGGCAGCCGCAAAGUGAAACCUGCCUGGUUUUCCGAAGAAGCCUGGAAACGCACACAAUGGCUCUGGGCCGAGGGUCUUCCAGACUACUGCAAAGCAAAAUACGAAGCAGAUCAAUACCAAACCGCGCUUGCUGCGGUCACAAAGAAGCGAGAACCGAGCCGCAAGUUUCAGAGUAUCAGCCUAAGGCCGGGCACUUUGAUUGAUGGCCCCGCGACGAAAAAGAUUGCACUGGGUCACGUCACUGCUGUGGAGGGGUCGGUGACGAGGGAGGAUGUGGCUAUUGUGGCUGAUCGGUUGCUGGCGAGGGAUGAUACCGAAGGGUGGUUUGACUUGUUAAAUGGUGAUGAGCCGAUUGAUGAGGCUGUGGAGAGGGUUGCUAGUCAAAAAAUCGACUCGAUUGGAGAUGAGGAUGUGGAUGCUAUGAUUAAAAAGUUUGGUUUGUAG